CUCGCCUCCUCUCCUGAUUGGCUGAGGAAGUGUCAGAGUACUGCGGGGUCAGCACGCCGGGCAACGGUGGAGUCGAGAAGUGUCUUGAAGCCGGUGCUAGGAAAGCCAUGGAUGAAACAAACGUCUCUCCGUUAAAGCACUUUGUCCAGGCAAAGAAAUCUAUAACUUCCAUCUUUGACCAGCUGGUGGGAUACGUGUGUGAAGGCGUUUCGUUUGUAGAAGCAACUUUUCAGAACCCUGACUUGCGAUAUGUAACAACAGAAGAUGAUCUCGAGAAGAUUCAGAGUUAUAAGGCCAGGUUGGCUGGGAUUGGGGAGGUUCUGGCCCGAAGGCACAUGAAAGUGGCGUUUUUCGGCAGGACAAGCAGUGGAAAGAGCACAGUAAUCAACUCAAUGCUGUGGGACAAGGUUCUGCCCAGUGGCAUCGGCCACACAACCAACUGCUUCCUGAGUGUGGAGGGCACAGAUGGAGACAAGGCGUAUCUGAUGACCGAGGGAUGCGAGGAAGAGAGGAGUGUCAAGACUGUUAAUCAGCUGGCGCAUGCCCUGCACAUGGAUAAGAAUUUGGAAGCUGGGUGCCUUGUACACGUGUUCUGGCCCAAGGCAAAGUGUGCGCUGCUGAGAGACGACUUGGUUCUCGUUGACAGCCCAGGAACAGAUGUAACCACUGAGCUGGAUAGCUGGAUUGAUAAAUUCUGUCUGGACGCUGACGUCUUUGUGCUGGUGGCUAAUUCGGAAUCCACGCUUAUGAACACGGAGAAACAUUUUUUCCAUAAAGUUAACGAGAGACUGUCUAAACCCAAUAUUUUCAUCCUAAAUAACCGAUGGGACGCAUCUGCAUCUGAACCGGAGUAUAUGGAAGAUGUCCGUAAACAACACACCGAGCGCUGCCAGUCGUUUCUCGUGGAUGAACUGAAAGUAGUGGACCCCUCAGAGGCCCAGAAUCGCAUCUUUUUUAUUUCUGCCAAGGAAGUUCUCUGCGCCAGAAUGAACAAAGCAAAGGGGUUGCCUGAGACAGGUGGGAUCUUUGCGGAAGGAUUUCAAACCCGAUUCUUGGAGUUUCAGCAGUUUGAAAAACUCUUCGAGGAAUGUAUCUCGCAGUCAGCAGUGAAAACAAAGUUUGAGCAUCACACCAUCAGAGCUAAACAAAUAACCGACACCGUCAAAUCUAUAAUGGAUUCUAUUAACGUGAGGGCAGCUGAUAAAAGGAUACGCUCCAUCGAGGACCGGGAAUACCAGAUGGACAGGCUGGAGUUCAUUCAGGGUCAGAUGACCAUACAGACGGAGGACAUCCGGAGACGGAUAAUGCACAUCACCGAGGAAGUGAAUGCACAGGUUUCCAGUGCCAUGAAGGAGGAGAUCUGUCACCUUUCUUUCCUGGUCGACAAGUUUGAUGCAGAUUUCCACCCGUCUUUGCAAGUUCUAAAGCACUAUAAGAACGAGCUGAAUACACACAUCGAGAAAGGGAUGGGAAGAAAACUGGCUGAUCGCUGUUCCAGUGCAGUAAACACAUCCAUACAGAAAGCGCAAGAGGACAUCAUUGAGAAGCUGAAGCCUUUGCUGCCCUCUGCUGUCGAAAAGGAAAUCUACACGUCCUUACCGUGCAGAAAGUUCGACCUCAGCUACAACCUGAAUUGUGAUAAGUUAUGCGCGGAUUUCCAAGAAGAUAUUUCCUUUCGCUUCUCAUUUGGCUGGAGAUCACUUGUCAAUCGGUAUCUAGGAGAUAAAAAUGCUCGCCUCCUGCUAGCGUUUGCAGAACCCACGUUUCAGGUACCUCGUCCUGUCUCUACUCCGUCUGCAAACGGCAUCCCAGCCAUGUCUCCCGAGUCUGGCUCCCAGGAAGAGAUUGUAUUUUCCGUGAUGUCUGGCCUGGCAUCUCUAACAUCGAGAGGUUCUAUGGGGAUCAUCAUAGUCGGAGGAGUGAUUUGGAGAUCCCUGGGUUGGAAGCUCAUUGCAAGUAGCUUACUGGCAUAUGGGGGUCUGUACCUGUUUGAGAGGCUAACAUGGACUACAAGAGCAAAGGAAAGGGCUUUCAAACAGCAGUUUGUAAACUACGCUGCCCAAAAACUUCACAUGAUUGUUAGCAUCACCAGCGCCAACUGCAGCCACCAAGUCCAGAAAGAGCUGGAAAAUAGUUUCAUCCACCUAUGUGAGCAGGUUGAUGUCACGCAAAGAGAUCUGGUUCAGUCCAUCAAUGACUUGUCAGAAGAAAUAAUGCAGUUGGAAGAGAUUCAGACUCGCUCAAGACUUUUGAGAAACAAAGCGACCCAGCUAGAAGCUCAACUGGAUGAUUUCAUAAAGACAUUCCUACCCCAGAGCAAGUGAUCUUACAGCGCUAUGUUAACGAUGUGAACGCAGCUUGCAGAGACUUCUACAAACUAGUUAUCCUUUGGUUCUGUUCUUCUUUUGAGCCGCUGCUCGGCGCAGAGGAAACCUUGUUCUUACGGACUAUUUACCUGGGCUAGCACAGGUCCGGUUCAUUGAAAUGGCACAGAGGGGCCCAUGUGAUAAACAUUUCGAAGCUGCGGAAGAGCGAUAUAUGACGAUUUGUUUCCAGCCACGGCUUCUGGUAGCAGUGACCAGAAAUUGCUACAUAUUGACCUUCGUUGGCUGGUUACUGUCUUCUUGCCAAGAGAAGCAUUUGGGUGCAUUUUCUCCUCUGUUACCAGAGGAUUCGGUUACUUUGGAAAUGUCCUUUCUAUAUGCCCAGUGUUUCAAAAAACAGUAUUUUCUGCUAAAUCAUUGAAGUAUUUAUUUUAUUAUAUAAAAUAUCUACAUUUGCUUGAACGCAGGUCUUCAUGUUAAUGUGAAGUGGUAUCGUUUUUACACUAAUUGUAUUCAAGAUGUUGCUUGGUACCAAAUUACUUAGGUUUUCCCGCAAAACAGAACUUUGUAGAACUUUACAUUUUACUCAGGAAUCCCACAGCCUUCAUUAGAAAUGGAGCGUGUAAAUCCGCUCUGCAGUGUUCAACAGCAGGGCGGCCAACAGACAGCUGUCCAGGCCUACAACUGGAUGCU